CGACCAGGACAGCAUAAAACAGCAAGCAGCAUACACUAUCGGUACCGGUAUCACACCCAACCCGUUCAACCAAGAACUUCCUUGAACCAAUAACCUCCUUUAACAAUAUGUCCCACGAGAAGACCCCUCUUUUGCCAUCCAAUGCUGGUGGUAUUGAGUCCAGCAAGUACUACUUUUUGAAAGACGGCAAUCAACAAGGAGGAACAUCCGAUUCAGUCCGUGAUGGUGAUGGAGGACCUGUGCAUGAGACACUUCCCAGCGGAGCCACACAUGAAGAAUUUGCUCCUCGAGUGAUUGGAAGCCCAGCGGUGAAAACUCGCAAAGGAACUCUGACGCAACCAGCAGCAACCAGUACUAAUGGAAACAGCGGUGGUGGUGGUUUGUUUUCAGGCUUGUUUGGAGGUGGCAAGAAGGCUCCCAAGCGCGAUGCUUCCAACAUGAUUAAACCUCGCAAAGCACCCGUCAAGGUGGAGCCAAAAGUCUUUUUUGCCAAUGAAAGAACGUUUUUGGCAUGGAUGCAUCUCUCUGUGAUGCUGGCAGGAGCUUCCAUUGCUAUUUUGGCGUUUGCGGAGGAUCAGAAUCCAUUUUCUCAAAUCUAUGGAGUUAUCUUGCUUCCUGUGGCAGUGGCAUUCAUUGUGCAUGCCAUGUACCAAUAUGCUCGCAGGGCCUACAUGAUCCGAAACAGGCUGCCCGGUCCCUAUGAUGACACCACAGCCCCCACAGUUUUAGGAAUGAUGCUCAUGCUAUCCAUCUUGGCUCAAUUCUCCUUGAAACUCUACUCUAUGAAGACACUUUAACUAAGUUGCGGAAAGGAAGAUAACGUGUGUUGUUGUUGGAUUGUGGCCUGAAUAGAAUGAUGCCAUAGGUGGCAGAUGGGAGGAGUCUAGUUUGGAUAGAU